AUGGAAAACGAGGUACUUGAAUUCGAUAUAGGUUUAGGAAGUGGAGCUGAUGAUGAUGAUGAUGAUGAUGCUGUUGACAUCGAUAUUGACGACGAUUUGCCUUCCACUCCUCCCCAUCAUCUUACCACUUCUCACAAUUCUGCUUCCACUUCUGCUACUCGAAUUUACCUUCCUGAGGGUGACCUUUCGGAUCUUGAACCUUAUGAGGGCAUGGAAUUCGAGUCCGAAGAGGCUGCCAAGGCCUUCUACAAUUCCUACGCUAGGCGUGUUGGCUUUAGCACCCGUGUCAGCUCUUCCCGCCGUUCCAGGCGUGAUGGAGCUAUUAUUCAGAGACAAUUUGUGUGUGCCAAAGAGGGCUUUAGGAAUUUGAAUGAGAAGCGUACCAAGGAUAGAGAGAUCAAGCGCCCCCGUGUUAUCACUAGAGUUGGUUGCAAAGCUUCCUUGUCUGUCAAAAUGCAGGAUUCUGGCAAAUGGGUUGUCUCCAGUUUUGUUAGGGGACAUAAUCAUGAGUUGGUCCCUCCCGAUCAGGUGCAUUGCCUCCGUUCACACAGGCAAAUAUCUGGCCCUGCUAAGACCUUGAUCGAUACGUUGCAGGCUGCUGGAAUGGGCCCUCGUAGGAUUAUGUCUGCCUUAAUUAAGGAGUAUGGUGGGAUUAGCAAAGUUGGAUUUACAGAGGUCGAUUGCCGGAAUUACAUGAGGAACAAUCGUCAGAGAAGCAUGGAAGGAGACAUCCAGCUCCUUUUGGAUUAUUUGAGGCAAAUGCAAAGUGAGAACCCCGAUUUCUUUUAUGCACUCCAGGGGGAUGACGGUCAGUUUACGGGCAACGUGCUGUGGGCUGAUCCAAGAGCCAGGGCAAACUACAGUUAUUUUGGUGACACUGUUACUUUUGACACCACCUACAGGUCCAACAGGUACCGCUUGCCCUUUGCGCCCUUCACUGGAGUGAACCAUCAUGGACAACCUGUUUUGUUCGGUUGUGCUUUCAUAUUGAAUGAGACUGAAGCAUCAUUUGUUUGGCUGUUUCAGACGUGGCUUACAGCAAUGUCUGGCCGUCAUCCCCUGUCGAUCACCACUGAUCAUGAUGCAGUGAUAAGAUUGGCCAUCAUGCAGGUCUUCCCUGAGACCCGCCAUCGGUUUUGCAAAUGGCAUAUAUUCAAGAAAUGCCAGGAGAAGUUGUCCCAUGUGUUACUCAAACAUCCAACUUUUGAGUCAGAGUUUCAUAAAUGUGUUAACUUGACCGAGUUGAUCGAAGAAUUUGAAUCCUGUUGGUUGUCACUUGUUGAUAGAUAUGAACUUCGGGAUCAUGAGUGGCUUCAAACAAUAUAUUCUGAUCGCAGGCAGUGGGUCCCUGUGUAUCUGCGGGAUGCUUUUUUUGCUGAGAUGUCUAUAACCCAGCGAAGUGAUAGCAUGAACUCAUACUUUGACGGUUACGUGAAUGCUUCAACCAAUCUGAACCAUUUCUUUAAGCUGUAUGAGAGAGCUAUAGAGAGUCGGAAUGAGAAAGAAGUUAAAGCAGAUUAUGAUACAAUGAACACAAACCCAGUUUUGAAGACCCCAUCUCCAAUGGAGAAACAAGCAUCCGGGCUUUACACUAGAAAAUUGUUCGUGAGAUUUCAAGAGGAGCUAGUUGGGACGUUAACUUUCAUGGCAUCUAAAUCAGAAGAUGAUGGGGAGAGCAUUACAUACCAAGUUGCUAAGUAUGGGGAAGAUCAUAAAGCUUACCAUGUUAAAUUCAAUGUUUUGGAGAUGAAGGCGACUUGUAGCUGCCAGAUGUUUGAGUUCUCUGGUCUUCUGUGCCGACAUGUGUUGACAGUCUUUAGAGUGACCAAUGUCCUUACUCUCCCAUCUCGUUACAUUUUGAAACGAUGGACAAGAAAUGCCAAGAGCAAUGUCAUAUUGGAAGAACGCCCUACUGAUGUAUAUACCGGCUAUCUUGAAUCUCAUACUGUUCGGUAUAAUACCCUACGCCAUGAGGCCUUCAAAUUUGUAGAGGAAGGAUCCAAGUCCCUAGACACUUACAAUGUGGCAAUGGGUGUUCUGCAAGAGGCCACAACUAGAGUUGCACAAGCAACAAAGAAUGAGGGGAGAGCUGGUGAUGUCAAUGGCCGUAAUAAAGGGGACUCCGCAAGCAGUGGAAUUAGGGCUAAUUAUACCAGCGGGAAUCAUCUGGGGAUCUCUGGCCAACCUUUGUCUGAGGAGGAUAUGGACAAGAAAAUCCAAGAACUUAGAGAUGAACUGGAGUAUGCAAAUCGAAAGUGCGAAGUCUACCGAGCUAACCUGCUUUCAGUUUUAAAAGACAUUGAGGAUCAUAAGCUACAAUUGUCAAUUAAAGUACAGAGCAUAAAGAUUAGUAUGAAGGGUAGUAUCUGAAGGUGCAGUAGAGUUUUACCAUGUGGUUUCUUUUGUAUUUUCUUCCCCUUUUCCUUUUCCUUUCCCUUCCCAAUCAUAUGAAAGUCCUAGUAUUUAAACUGUGAUGUGGAUGAGGUUGUGUUUUUUUUUUUACCUUUUUAGUGCUAUAGAGAAUUUAGAGAUUGUGAAUAACUUUGAAUUUAUGUUCUCUUGUACAGUGCACUUAUUAUCUUUAGAUCUAUACGAGGAAGCAAUGAUUUCUUCAA